AUGCUCGGCCUGCCAGGAGUCCGACCGCCGCCACGGCCCCUGCCACCACCGCCGCCUCGACCACCACCAAACCCACCGCGGCCCCUGCCGCCAAACCUGCCCCCAUCUCGGCCACCGCUGCGACCGCCACUUCCAAAGCUGCCCCCAUCCCGGCCACUCCUGCUACCGCUCCUGCCGCCGCCACUGAAGCCGCCACUUCCAAAGCUGCCGCUGUCACCCCUUGGCUUGGCUUCGUCCACCGUCAGGUAGUAGUCACCGAGGGCCGAGCCAUUGAGCUCCAAGGCACCAUUGAAGGCGUCCUUGUCCUUGAAGUCAAUGUAGGCAAUCCUGCAAGAGGCACACACCACCGCCAACCACCCAUGAGAGCCACCAACAACUGGGCGAAGAACAUUCAUUCCUUUGCGAAUUUUCAUACCCCUUAGGGCCACCGGUCUCGUAGUCCUUGGGAACGGAGAUUCGGGUGAUCUCACCACAAGAACCAAAAUGCUGCUCCAAGGAGCUUCGGACCUGCAGUAGAUUUAGCGAGAAAAAUGAGAAACUUCGAUGAUGAUCAGAAAUGGGAGAUAUUAACAAAAUUUAAAUAGGGGAAGAGAGAGAGAGGGGACGAGGAUCAGGUUCAGGGCGAUAUUCAACACGAUUAGUCAGACAAAGAAGAGAGUACAAGAAGAGACCAAGGGUUGAGGAAGAUAUUCAAUAAGUAACGAAAUUUUGAAAACACAAACGAUUCACCUGAUCCUCGUCCAGGGACCGGUCGAAACCCUUGAUGAACACAGUCUGGCUCUCGCUACCUCUACCACCCUUCUGGUAGCUAUUGUUAUCCCUCCUGCAGACAUAACAUGGCCCAAUAAACUGGUAAGCUUCUUCAUGUCAAUCGUAUUUAUUUUAAACCUUCAUUAAAAAGACAUCUCGAAGAAAAAAAUUCAAGACAAAGAACAAUACCCGCUCUGCGGAGUGAAAGCACCUCUCUCACGGGCCAAAUCGAGCCUCACCUGGCGGCCAAACAGCUCCUGCCCGUUAAGCUCAAGCGCCUAUUCGUCAAAAAAAUCAGUGAACAAAUCAGAGAUAUACCAAAGCUUAUGCCUGCAAAAAAAAUAAUUAUUAAACAAUCAAUAUUCAUUAGGUGUCCUUACCUUCUCGGCGUCCACAUCAGUGGCAAACUCCACAUGGCCAAAUCCCCUGAAGCUCCCGUCCUCGGAGCAUGCCAGUCGGACGUCAACAACCUCUGCCACGUCUUGGAAAAACCCCUUUCUGAUACAGAAAAGAACAAAUAAAUAACAAAUGGGGGAGGGGGAGAGGACAGUGGUUGAUAAAUAGAAAGCGUCGUCAAUUGGUGUACACAUACACAUCAUCCUGCCCGGCAUCAAAUGAUAAAUUUCCAACAAAUAAAGUCUUGGUUCCCCCUGUGCUUGCUUUUGGUGCAGGGGUUUUGACCUACAAAAAUCAAUUAGUAGCUGAGCUUCAUACCCAAUCACAAUACAAAUAUAUAAAGCGAUAAUAGAAAAUAGAAAUAUACCUCUUUCUUUUCGGAUUUGGCCGCUUGUGUAUCUUUCAUUUCCACGUCAGUGUCCUGAUACAAUUAAAAGAAUUCAGCUCAGCUAUUGGAGGCGCUAAAUUAAAUAUGAUGAUAUUUCUAAUAAAAUUUUAAAUAGGGGAAUAAUAUCAGCCACCUUCUUUGGGGUUUUGGCAGGAGGCUUUUCAUCCUCACUUUCUUCAUCUGAUGAUAAGUCUUCUGAGGAAUCUUCUUCCGAACUGCUAUUUUUAGUAGCUGCCUUGGCAGGCUAAUAAGACCAAAGCGAGAGAUUAUCAAAGCCAAUAUAAAUGUAAAGUACAGCGAAGGCAUACAAAACCAUAAUCAUCAACAUUAUCAUAUAUAUGCAUAUAUAUAAUGUGCGUCUCACAAGACUUUUAGUUGGGCUUCAAACCUGUUUGAUCUGUUGCACUUUAGAAGGUUCUUCAUCUGAGCUUUCAUCAGAACUAUCAUCAUCCUCUUCAUCACUACUUGAGUCUUUCUUAGCAACCUUGGCGGCAGCCUUUAGAUAAUAAACAUUAAAGAGUAACAAAAUAAGAUUAGAUUACGGAUACUAAAUAAUGCAAACAAUAAUUUCAACAAAUAACUUGAUUGGCAAUGAAAGAAAAUCCUCGUUAAAUCUGAAAACAAUUUUUCAAAUAAGGGUGAUUUUUCUACGACCUAGAAACCUUAUAUCACCAGGAAUACCUAUCGUAGAUAAAUUUUGCACCACUAAAAAUAGCUACUGUCAAAGCAGCGGGAGAAGAUAAAGAGAAAUUUCUCAUUAAUGAACUUAUCCCCUGGAGUAACUGCAAAGAAAACACGAGAUAACAUAAUUGAAUACCUGCUUGGUAUCUUUUCCUUUUGCGAGUGCAGGCUUUGCAGCCGGUUUGGCAGCAGGAACCUGAAAACAAGUGUAAUCAUACGGGACCUUAAAAAAUAAGAAGACAACGUGGAGACAUAACGUGCUGACAUACUAGCCGGGGAGAAGAAACUAACACUAUCCUCGUCUGUGCCAGAAUCACUAUCUGAGGAAUCACUAGACUCUUCCUUAGAUGCAGCAGCUUUCAAGGCUGCUGGAGCAGCCUUUGGGACGGAAGUAGGCUUCUGUAUUAAAUAAAUGAAGCAACACCCUACUAAAUAUCAGCAUAAUAACGUUCACAUGAAUUUUCUUCAAGUAAAUGGAUAAGAAGCAGAUGAGGCAUGACCUCAUCUUCAGAAUCACUUUCAGAACUGUCACUAGAAUCUUCCUUCUUCUUUGAGAUGGACACGGGAGCUUUCGAUGGUUGCUUAGACUGCACAGGAACUGCAACAACUUUCCCCUGAAAAUUUUCGUAUUUACAACUUAAUCAAUUAAGUGUUAAAAGGUACUACUACAUCCACACACGUAUAUCAUGCUCAGCUGUAAGCUGAUAAUUACUAAGAUGGGAAGAUUAAAAGAAUAUUUAAACUUACAGUGUCAUCUUCUGAGCUGCUAUCUUCUGAGCUGUUAUCGCUUGAUUCAGCUUUCUUAGCAACCACUGCGGUCCCAUUCUUCACUGCUGCGGUCGGAAGCUUUUUGACUGGUAGAGUUGUCUUGGUAGUCUUUGCCUGCGAGUAAAUGGUCUAAUGUAAAGAGAAGAUCUUAGACUUAAGGGAAAGUGAGAAUAAACACGUUCUCAGACAACCAUAAAGGAUAUACCCUCAUAAAAACAAACAGACAGUUGGCAUAAAACGGAUCCUCAAACACCCAAAAAAAACAUAAAAGCAGAUAAAAAGGCAGAGGGAUAAACUGAUAGAGAACUUAUUCACAAACUGCGAACUCUAUGAAUUAAUAGAUAUCAUAUGAUUCCCAGUACGUCAAAUAUCUUGAACAAAAUACACAGUUAGCAUGAAUCAAAAGGAACAGAAGCGGGAAUUUUGAACAAAAAGAAACCAACAAGAUCUGACUACAUAACUCACCUUCUCUUCCUCAGAAUCACUAUCACUCUCACUUUCAGAUGAACUACUUUCCUUCUUUCUCUUUACUGAGCCGUUUUUAGAAGCUGAAGCAGGCAGCUUGCUAACAACUUUAGAAACAGGCUCCUGAAACAUCAUGCAAUAAAUAAGGAGGUGGCAUGUAUUUUCACAGGCAUAUAUGGGCAGAAAUUCUAUACAGACAACAGGCCACCAGUCCUUCAAACUCACCUCAUCCGAAGACUCUGAAGAUGUGGUCUCCUCUGAGCUAGUGCUUUCCACCUUCGGAGGAACAACAGGAAGUGUCUUCUUUGUCCUCUUUGUCUUCUUAUCCUCUUGUUUAGGCACUUCCUUGACAACUUCCUUCUUCUGCUUCUUUAAACUAACGGGGUUCUCUAUGGACUCCUCAGCAUCCCUCUUCCCUACACGAGAUAAACACGGUUUCAUGAGCAUGUGCAACAAACCAAAACAAGAUCAACACAUGACAUUUUCAGCACAAACUGAACAACGAAGUAAGAGAUAUCUAUUAACCUUUCUUGGCAGACUUAGCAGGAGAGAGUGUAACCGGAGCAGCAGCGAUCUGCGGCGAAACAAUAAUAUUAACUCGUACAAAGGAAGAGGUAGGGAUUAUAACGUAAUAAAGAAAGAAUGACAGAAGCGGUAAUGAAUACCUCCAUGCUGGACUUCUUGCUCGACUUGCCCAUCUUGGUAUAAAUGGGACUACGCAAGGAACUGAAGGAGAAACAAAAAUACUUAAAUUUCAUAAGUUUGCUAACAUUUCAAAAAAUAAGCUCUACACAGGAAAGAUAAACAUAGGACAUGGUAUGAUUGUUGCUCCAAGUCAUUUAGACAACAACAGAUAAGCAUUAUUCUGUGGGAAUAGAAUACCUGAAAUGAAAAAAGGCACCUAAACGCGAAAAAGGAGGGAGGAAGAAAGAGACUAUAUUAAUCAUGCAAGCCCUACGCUCAAAUCAAGUCCUGGGUCUGCUUUAACACAAGUCAGGUACACAUGAACCAAAACCCACGGAAAACCAGGAAUAAACGUACUUUGAGACGAAACGAGGAGCUACCGCAGUGCAUCAGAUACAUAUCAUCACGAGAAUCCGAGAAGACGAUAAAAAAAACAGAUUGAUGAAUGGAGAUGGAGCUAGAGAGAGAGAAAGACCGACUUCCAUAUCCCUACGAAACAUGAAGAACGGAGGACAAACCCCAGAAGCUGAUACAUCAACAGAUGGAUUUACCAGGAAAAGAAGUCGGCAGAAGAGAUUGGACGGGAGAGGAGGCGCCCGCUCUGCAGCCGCAAGAACAGUAGAAAGUUAGGGUUUAAGCAGGGACGGAGGGAAGGUGGUAUCUGCAGGGGCGCUAAGAGGCGCCGAUUCUGCUGGUGCUAAAAACCCUAACCGUGGCCUAGGGUUUAAGAAGAGGGCGAGAAUUUCCUGACACCUCGGGCCACCGAGUUGUGCCGUCCGAUCUAUCGGCGAUAAUCAAGACGAACGGACGACCCACGAUCUACCCCACCGCCAGCGUGCCUUCUUGUCUCUCUCUCUCUCUCUCUCUCUCUCUCUCUCUCCACCCCCCGGUGGGGAGUCAAAUAAAGCCGCAAGCAGAAACUAAAUCUUAAAAAGGUAUAAAAAAAAUCGGCUUCAAGUUUUGGGAACAUUUUUAUCAUUUCUAGUUUUGUUUCUACUUCUACAUAUAUAUAAUCGGUGGUACAAAAAAUAACUUACUACGUAAAUUCUCCCCCUUUCCCUCAUGCGAAUCUAAAUAACUACGAGCAUAGAGACAUUGCUGGGUAUAAAAUAAUUCAAGCCGGGAACAGAAUACAUUUAUGGCGACUUGCACUGUUCGGAAAGAUACAACAACAAAUACUCAGAAUUGGAAAUAUCGCCUAACAUUUAGCCACCACAUAAAGAGCGUCAAAGUCAACGCCUCCCGCGACCCCUGCCGCCGCCUCCACGACCCCUGCCGCCGCCACCGCGACCCCUGCCGCCAAACCUGCCGCCGCCACCCCGGCCUCUACCGCCGCGGCCCCCACGACCCCUAUCAGCACCGCCGUCCACCCUAGGCUUUGCUCCAUCCACGGUCAGGGGGUGGUCCCCAAGAGAAGAACCGUUGAGAUCCAGGGCCAGGUCAAAGCCGUCCUUGUCCUUGAAGUCAAUGUAA